AUGGGUAUCCCUACCAAAGUGAUUGUCUUCGGUGCAACUGGAGCCACUGGAUCCUACGCAGCUCUCCAGGCUCACCAAGAAGGUGCCCAGGUCACCCUCGCCGUUCGAGACCCAUCUAAACCCAUCCCUCUACUCGACGGCAUCCCUGCCGAGAAAGUUCAGGCAGACCUUACCAAGCCUGAGACUCUGACAGAUGCCGUGCAGCAGACUGGAGCGACAGCUGCUUAUAUUUAUGUUAUCUUCGAUACACAUGACCAUAUGCGCGCCAGUCUAGUUGCUCUCAAAGAAGCCGGAAUCACCUCUAUCGUUCUUUUGAGCAGUUUCUCCGUGCAAGGGGACCCUGCCUCUAUCCCUGCAGACGACUUUAUUCCCUAUGAGCACGCUCAAGUGGAGAUAUCCCUUGAAGAGGUCUUUGGAAUAGACAACUUCGUUUCGAUUCGCCCCGCAUUCUUUGCUAGCAAUAUCCUGUGGUUUAAAGCUGGAAUCGCCGCUGGGAAAGUAAAGCACGCCAAUUUUGACGCACUGGCUGAUUAUAUUUCACCUGAAGAUAUCGGGCGCGUGGCUGGCUCUAUUCUCGUUAAUGGGUCCUCGGAGCAUGUAGUCUCUCUUGCUGGUCUGGAUGAACUCACUCUAAGUGAGGCUCUGGCGCUUGUGGCAAAUGUCUUGGGCAAGGAGAUCAAGACAACUUGGGUCUCGGCUCAGGAGAUGAAGGUUGAUCGAAUGGAGCAGGGAGUAGAAGAACCUUUGGCGCAGUGGCUUGUGACUGAUGUGACAGAACAUGCUGGUGCAUUUUUCACUUUUCCUACGUACUCAGAGGCCAUGGGAAAUAUAAAGAAGUAUAUCAAGCGGGACCCUAUCAGAUUUCAUCAAUGGUUGGAAGAGAAUAAGGACAAGUUUUAG